AUGAGAUGUUUUGCCUGCAACGGUGGCUUGCUUUCUUUUCCACGGAACCAGCCUCCCUGGAAAGCUGACACCGGCUCUCGCCGUGGGGGUCAUGAGGUACCUGCUGUCCUCUGGUCGGACAAGAAUGUAGCGUUUCUAACGUGUGGCCUGCCCACCAUGACCUUGAUCGCUUUGUGCCCCCCAUGGACAGCUAUCCUGCAAGAUUUUUCAGUUGUCGGGGGUCAGGUCCCCAGUGCUGCGGGGACAGGCGUCGUCCGUGAUUCCAAAGGGGCCCCGCACGUGACCCAAGUCCAGCGUGGGGGUCAGCAUCCCUCGGACGCCCCCGCCGGCGAAAUCCCCGCGAGCCCACGAGGCGCGGCCGGACCGCGAGAAGGUCCACGAGGCGCAAGCUCCUCCUCCGCCCGCUCCCCGGCGAAAGUCAAAUUCCGAAUAUGUCAGAGUUUUUUUUCUAGGAAGAGAAUCCAAGAUCUUUCAAAGCCUAAAAAGCAAUGGGGAAUUCCAGAUAGAAAACUGUUUUGGGGAAACCAAGAUCCUAUUCACCCUGUUUCCCAGAGUGCUUUGAAGGUUCAGCUGACCAAAAGACUUGAGAUGCUUGCCCAGCCCAAGAAAGUUUCUUGUCACUAUAUUCCAAACAGGGCUCAAUAUUACUACAGCUGUGGAAGAGAAUCUGUAAUCUGGGCUAUCUCUCCUCCGGCAUUGGUUAGCCAGCCUUCCAGAAGGAUCCAGAGGCUGGCACAGCCCAAAAGAUUCAAAAGACGCUAUCUUCCAAAUAGGCCCUUCAGUGAUUACAUAACAAGAGAUAGUCUUCCACUCUCUGAUCCUUCUCCCCGAAUAUUACGACUCUCGAUAGCCAAAGGCACAGAUCCAGACUAUGUUCCUCCAAAAGAAAUUGAAACCAAGAUUUCGAUUUCAGCCCUGAGCGCUGUUGCAAGUCCAAGAAUUGUAGACCUUGCCCACCCAAGGAUCAAGUUAGAAGGGCUGUGCUAUGAAAGACAGAGAAAUGACUUGCCCAUUCGUCCGAUAGCCCCGGCUGCACUGCAAGCCAACGCUAGCCCCCGCACCAUAGCACUAGCGAAGCCCAAGUCUCUUCAUCAGGAUUACCUACCCGCCCGUGAUGCCCACUGGGCAGUGUCUUCUGCUGCUAUCCAUUCCAAAGUAUCGCCCAGAAUUCAGGAACUAGCUAAUCCAAAUAAAAGGGCUUCCAUGCAUAUCGUCUACUAUGAUCCAGCUGUCUUUAAAGUGAAGGCGGCUGCUUUGAAAGCACGGUGUUCUCAGAGGAUCCAGGAGCUGGCAGAACCUGUCACACGUUAA